UAUCCUCUUUUUUUUUUUUUUUUUUUUGCAUGGCAAUUGCCAAUCAUACCCUUUCAUGUCUCCAUUCUCUGUACCAACGCCUUUUCGAUCUUUCAAUAUUUUUCUUGUCUUAUCAUUUGUUGCCUUCAUCUACAUAACUGACACUCAGUCUAUCCGGACCACUCUCCAUUGUUUCUAUGUAUUUCCCUCCACCUACUGUUCCCUCUACCGAACCGUCUCUCUUUUGAAUACCCGCGGUUUCAGUCUUUGCGCGAUUUCAGCGUCAUGUCUACCAACGACUCCUUCCAUUCUCUUGUCUACCAUGCCCUGUCUUGCCUUGGCUUGACCUGACCUCAUGUUCUCAGUCUUGAAACGCUGCAAAUGCCAGCAGAAUGUUCGAUUGGAUGCUUGGAUCGAAUGAAAUCUCUCGAGCGCUGUACGCUGCGUGUGUUUUAACAACAAUCAAUUGACAAUAAUAAUGGAUUCAAACCACAAAGGGCUCGUCAUAAUUCCCAUAGUUAUUUUCGAC